CAACUGUGUUAAUUCAUCAUCUCCUUUGCUCCUUUGGUUUGCUUGUCUUUAUAAGCCUACAGUUUCUUUGUCCUGUCUUACGUCGUUCAUAGUGGUUGUUUUCCUUUAUGGCUUUAUUAAAGACUCUGUUCGUUUGAUCAUCUGCCUCCUUUGUACUCCUCGCAAUAACGUAACUUUUUUUUUUUUUAAUUAUAAAUUCUGUUAUAAUUUCUUUUCUGUGUUAAUCAAUCAACAGCUAAUAAAAAUAUUUUAUUAAUUUAGGCUACUCUACCAUUUUUCUUCAUUUAGAAGUAAGCACAUUGCCCCCCGAAUCCUAAAUAUUAAGCUCAAACCAAGCGCUUUUUAACAGAGAUUCACGAUGCAGUAAACGGAUGUUCGCAGAAUGUAUUUUUUCUUUUUUUGGGUCUUGAACCUGUUGGCGACUCCAUCUUUACGCACGCGCGAAAUCCCCUCUGGCGCGUAAUGAUGCGCUCCGGCGCUUGGAGACGCGCAGGUAUUCCUCCAGGGAUAAUUAGACAAGGACAAAUCAGAAGUUUCUGUGGAGAUGCGUUCUGUUGUGCGUGAAGCAAAGCUUUGCGCUUCCCAGUCAACGGUGCCAAAAUCAGACAGACGGAUGGAUUUCAUGCUUUGCGAGUUCGAUGGAUAAACGGAGGGAAAGAUGGAUGGUGGCGUCUCUUGUGACAACAUGCUGCAGACAAGUGACAACAAGAUACACGUGGCCAAUAACCUGAUGGACAUGGACCAGGACCCUCACAAACGGCUGUACUUUGCUGACGGCCGAAGGAAAGUGGACUAUGUUCUGGUGUACCACUACCGAAAACGCUCCUCCGUCAGGGGGUCUCCUAGUCAACACAGACUGUCCAUCAUCUCCAAUGGUAGUUAUCCUUUAGGAGUAGAGGAAAAAGACCCAGAGGGAGGGAAGGAUGAACCUGUGGAGGUGGUGGUGGACGUCGGACCCCCGGACCCUGCCGAUGGGGAGAAAAUCAUGAUCCGAGAGGAGUUCGAGGGUAAUUUAAAGGAUGCUGGGCUGGAAAUUGAGCGUGAUAAAGAGAACAAGGCUCAUGGUCAUGCUUUCAUCCGACUACAUGCGCCUUGGCAGGUGUUGAGCAGAGAGGCAGAGUUUCUCAAGAUCAAGGUGCCCACCAAGAAGAGUUACGAGUUAAGGGAAGAAAAAGGUCUGGCCGCCACCAUGAACGAAGUGUGGCGGAAGUUAAAUCAACCGUUCCAGCCCAAAGUACCCCAUCAGGAGCAAGAACACAGCCGUACCAAGUUCCUUUCGCACUGUUUCUCCCGGGACAAGCUCCAUCUGUACAACAUCAAGUCAAAGGACACCUUCUUCGACAACGCCACAAGGAGCCGAAUAGUGUAUGAAAUCCUCAGACGCACUGCCUGCACACGGACCUGCCAAACCAUGGGUAUCACCACAUUGAUAGCCAACGGGGUCUAUGAUUCAGCGUUCCCGCUACACGAUGGAGACUUCCACCCCAGUGGACAAGCUGAGGGGAAGAACGACAGACAACUGUUACAUGAUGAAUGGGCAAGAUAUGGUGCUUUUUACAAGUAUCAGCCUGUUGAUCUUAUCAGGAAGUACUUUGGCGAGAAGAUAGGUCUCUACUUUGCCUGGCUUGGUGUCUAUACUCAGCUUUUGAUCCCUGCGUCUGUGGUGGGCAUCAUCGUGUUCUUCUAUGGCUGGGCCACUGUGGAAACAAACAUACCUAGCCAGGAGAUGUGUGACGAGGAUCAGAACUUCACUAUGUGUCCCCUUUGUGAUCGAGCAUGUGACUACUGGCAUCUGAGCACAGCGUGUGGCACGGCGCGUGCCAGCCAUCUCUUUGACAACCCGGCCACCGUGUUCUUCGCCAUCUUCAUGUCCCUCUGGGCUGCCAUGUUUCUAGAGCACUGGAAGCGCAGACAGAUCAGUCUGAACUAUAGCUGGGAUCUGACAGGCAUGGAGGAGGAGGAGGAACAUCCCAGACCCAAAUACGAAACGAUUCUCCUUCAGAAGAGGCAGAGGAAGAAGAAAAAUAAAAAGAACAAAAAUGAGCCUGAGAGAGGUGUGGACGAGAGCGGGGAACUGGGGAAGGACAAAUGGAGGCAGAGGUUACUGUCAGCCAUGGCAGCUGGGAAUCCGACUGGACAUGACAAGCUAACAUGGAGGGACAGACUUCCUGGAUAUUUAAUCAACAUUUCCUCUAUUCUGUUCAUGUUUGGAGUGACUUGCUCUGCCGUCUUCAGUGUCAUCAUCUACCGCAUCACCAUCUCCGCCCUCAUGGCGAUGAGCCCGGAUCCAGAGGUCAAGUCUAACGUACGGGUGACCGUCACAGCCACUGCCGUCAUCAUCAACCUGGUGGUCAUCCUCAUCCUGGACGAGAUAUACGGCGUGGUGGCUGCCUGGCUGACAGAACUGGAGAUCCCUAAAACGGAGACCAACUUUGAGGAGCGUCUCAUUCUGAAGGCUUUCCUCCUGAAGUUCAUGAAUGCCUAUGCACCCAUCUUCUAUGUGGCCUUCUUCAAAGGGAGGUUUGCUGGCCGUCCCGGUGACUACGUUUAUGUCUUCAAUGAUUACCGUAUGGAAGAGUGUGCUCCUGGAGGCUGUCUGAUUGAACUCUGUAUCCAGCUCAGUAUCAUCAUGUUGGGGAAGCAGCUUAUUCAGAAUAACAUCUUUGAGAUCGGCAUUCCAAAGCUGAAGAAGCUGUGCCGCACACUCAAGGACAAAGAGCGGGCACCCAAGGAGAUUGUGGAGCAGCCGGGUCGCCGCCAGCAGUGGCAUCUGGACUAUGAUCUGGAGCCUUUUGACGGACUCACACCUGAAUACAUGGAGAUGAUCAUUCAGUUUGGUUUCGUGUCGCUCUUUGUGGCCUCAUUCCCACUGGCUCCACUAUUCGCCCUCUUAAACAAUGUCAUCGAGAUCCGCCUCGACGCCAAGAAGUUUGUCACGGAGCUUCGCAGGCCAGAUGCCGUUAGGGCCAAAGAUAUCGGUAUCUGGUACAACAUCUUGAGUGGUUUGGGAAAGUUCUCAGUCAUCAUCAAUGCCUUUGUCAUCUCCUUCACAUCAGAUUUCAUCCCUCGCUUGGUCUACCAGUACAUGUACAGCGAGACGGGGACCAUGCAUGGCUUCAUCAACCACACGCUCUCUUACUUUAACGUCAGCAACUUUAAACCAGGAACUGUGUCUUCCAUCUCCAGUCUCGGCAAAGACAUUACAUUCUGCAGGUACAAGGACUACAGAGAACCACCAUGGUCGACUGAGCCUUACCAGUUCUCCAAACAGUACUGGUCGGUUCUAGCAGCUCGGUUAGGUUUCGUCAUAUUGUUCCAGAACCUGGUGAUAACCAUGAGCAUGCUGGUGGCCUGGGUGAUCCCGGACGUGCCCAAAAACAUCAGCGAGCAGCUAAAGAAGGAGAAGACUCUUCUGGUGGACGUCUUCCUAAAUGAAGAAAAGGAGAAAUUGCAGUUGAUCCAGAGCUUGUUCUCCAGAGAUCUGACACACGAACAGCAGGAGGAGCUGAAGAUGUCAGAUCAGACCUCGCUGCCUCUUCAGCAAACCCAGAUCGGACCGCUCCCUCCCACCUCGUCCCCGGCUCCUCGCACCCGACCCCGAGCCGCAAGCUUCAGCCAGUUCACCCGCCAGAUGUCCAUGUCUCCCCGAAGCGACAUCACCCAACACACGGCCGUGUGAGGGAAGUCUGGCGAGAGAAGAUGAGUCCACUGGUGGAGAAUGUUUCACAGAGCCCGAGCGCUGGAGUUUGAGGCUCUGAGUUUUGGGAAUCAGGUGCCCUCGGUUCUAUGUUCCUGUUUUUUUUGUACCGGAGAAUGAGGGGUCACUGAACUGUAGUCUGAAUGUCUGUCUUACAGGCUCCGCGUCUGGUUUUUAAACCCUCAGAUGUUCCUACUGUUUUCAGGCACGUCUGACACACAAACUUGAGCUUCAGUAGGACCAAUUGCAGAUGCAAUCAUUCCACAUACACUGGCGUUCACAAGAACACGAGCGGGAUCCUCUCAAACACACGUUUUUCUCCACGGUCAGCUCUCGAGCAAGGAUGUUUGUCGGCACACGCUCGUAAAGAGCAGCACAUAUUUGGUGACGUUGCGCAAUCUGUACAUGCUGUCCAAAUGCAAACCGCUUUGCACAUUGUCCACAAGAUGUAGCAUAUAAUGGCAAAUAAUCUUUCAUUUUCUCAGGUAACAGCAUCACUGUAGGCUGUAUUCGUUCUCAUCAAUAUGACCGUUCUUGGGUUAAUAAAGACUACGAUGCGUGUUAGUAAGUUAAAGUGCAAAGAACAAUUUCAAUGUGGUACUGCGACGUAUUCUGUGAAACGUGUGGCGUUUUCUUUCUAACGAUCCAGCCCAUUAUGUAACACAUUAAGGCAAUAUGUAAUUAAACUCAUGUUUGUCAAUCCAUAUAUUUAUGCUAUGCCUCCUUCUGAUAAAACGCAGGGCUGCAGAUUUGGACCGCACAGCAUUCGCUGUAUUUAUGAUUGUGGAGCAGCUGGUCUUUUUGUGCCAUGUCAACUGUAAUCCUCCCAUGAAUUUGCCGUCACCGGUGUGGGAAGGUUGAGCGGAGUUACUGUUAUCCAGGGAGGAAUCAUGGAUGAAUGUUGUGUGCCAACAUCUGGCCAUCAAGUCAUCAUUCACUAUGCCUCAUAGGACUUAAUACUCAUGCAAGAAGAAUAAAUAUUUAAUCCCAAUUAUGCGCAAGUGGAUUUUCUUUCUUGCCCUGAAGGCAUUGUCCUACAAGUCCCGUGGGGUCAGUUCACUUGUGUUUUCGACUUCUAGCAGCUGCGCAGGUUGUUCGUUGGACUGUAAUUCCCUGAUGAUUUCCACACAUGCUUAACAAAGCUAGAUUUACCCAGUAGGUGCUGCUCCUCUAUUUGCUUUUUCUGUUUUACUAGGGCAGGAUUUUGAUCUUUGUGUGUUUUCACCCUAGAGCCACAUUUGAUUUUUAUCCCUGAGGUCUGGACUUCACAAUUCAAGAGGAUUAUAAUCUUGGCAGAUAUCAUGAUGUCUGUCCUAUGCGCUUUAUAGUUUCAUUACACAACCAUUCUGAACGAGGGAAAAAAUACACAAAUAUUUGUAUUUCCCACAGAUUAAAACUCAUAAUAUGUGGGCAAAAGUUAAGCAGCUCAACUCUAAAGGACUGCCGCCAUGCAACUUGACAGAUCAGCUUGAAUGUCCACCUCAUAUGACGGAUAUAUGUAAAGUUGAAGUUUGUCAGCCCCUUUGGCCUCAAAAGAGGUGAUAUGUUGCUUUGUACUGUAGAUAUGAAAGGGGCUGCACUUUCAGAUUGCACUGGCUGAUAUAUCAGAUUUGACUACUGACACUUGUGGAUGCAGCACCAGA